CUGGCAUUCCCCCUGCUCUUUUUCUUUAUCCAUCUGCCUAACCAACGGGAAAAAAAGAUUCAGAUAUUUUUAUUUACCUUGUUUCGCGGUUUCGUUGCAGAUUCACGAUUCAUUAAUAUCAAUUGAUUUUGUUGUUUUUCAUUUCACGAAUUUCUUUUUCUAUUUCACGUUCUUGUUUACCUUUUUCUUUUUUUUUUAUAUUCUCUCUACGAAUUUUAUAACUUUUUCUAGCUUCUAAAUCAUGUCUGCUCCUCAUCAAACUACUGGUGCUAACUUGGACCAAGCUCCCAAGAAGCGUUUGGCUGUUGGUGUUAUCGGUUCCGGUAACUGGGGUACCGCCAUUGCUAAAAUCUGCGGUGAGAACGCCCGUGCUCACGGUCACCACUUCCGCUCCAAGGUGCGUAUGUGGGUUUUUGAAGAAGAAAUCGAACACAAGGGUGAAAAGAGAAAACUCACUGAAGUUUUCAACGAGACUCACGAAAACGUAAAGUAUCUUCCCGGUGUCGAAUGCCCUCCUAACGUUAUCGCCGUCCCCGACGUUCGUGAAGUCGCUCGUCGCUCUGAUGUUUUGGUCUUUGUCGUUCCUCACCAAUUCAUCAACCGUGUUUGCGACCAAAUGGCCGGUCACCUUCGUCCCAACGCCGUCGGUAUCUCUUGCAUCAAGGGUGUUUCCGUCGGUAAGGACGGUGUCCGUCUCUUCUCCGAUGUCAUCCAAGAAAAGCUUGGCAUCUACUGUGGUGUCCUUUCCGGUGCUAACGUUGCCAACGAAGUCGCCAAGGAACAAUUCUGUGAAACCACCAUCGGUUACAAGCCCCCUCAACCCAUCGUCUCUCCCGAGCAAAUCGUCGCCGUCUUUGACCGUCCUUACUUCUCGGUCGUUUCCGUCGACGAUGUUGCCGGUGUCGCCCUCGGUGGUGCUUUGAAGAACAUCGUCGCCAUGGCUGUCGGUUUCGCCGACGGUAUGGAAUGGGGUGGUAACACAAAGUCUGCCAUCAUGCGUCGUGGUUUGUUGGAAAUGCAAAAGUUUGCUACCACCUUCUUCGACAGUGAACCCGGUACUAUGGUCGAGCAAUCUUGUGGUAUUGCUGACUUGGUCACCUCUUGCUUGGGUGGUCGUAACAACCGUGUUGCCGAGGCUUAUGUUAAGUCUGGUAAGCCCAUUGACGUUCUUGAAAAGGAACUUUUGGGUGGUCAACUUUUGCAAGGUGCUUCCACCGCUAAGGAAGUCCACGAAUUCCUUUCCACCAAGGACAUGGUCAACGAAUUCCCCUUGUUCCGUUCCGUUUACAAGAUUUGCUAUGAAAACAUGGACGCCAAGGAUUUGAUUCAAGUCCUCCAACCCUUGAAGGAAGAAUCCGAAAACGAAGGUGGUACCGAAACCGAGUAAGCGGUUUCUUUUUUUUCUAUACUUCCCUUUUGUUUUCUUGUGUGUGGAAAAGGAUACAAUUCCCCUCAUCCUGGCGCACUUUGGAAGAAGCUGCUCUUUCCAUUACCCUCUCCUAUUCCUUUUUUUUUUCUUUCUUUCUUUCUUUCUUUGUCUAUUGCUUAGAGUUUGAAAGAAAAAAAAAGAGAGUAAAUUGGAUGGGUUCUCUUUUAUUUUGUUUAGCUUUUUCCCGGUUGUCCGAGGUUGCUGCAUGUUGAUUUCCUUCAGUCUUGAAACUUUGUUGUGGUCGGAUUUCUUUGGUUUUACAACUUUCGUAUGGAACUUUACGGAAAGUUUUGAUUAGUUGAGGAUUAUUGUUUUUUUCAGUUAUGAUUUUGGUUAUCGGUUGCUUUUCUCAUUCGUUUUUACCCCUCGUGAGCAAUUGAAUAUCAAUCCUCAUAAAUCGGAAGAGGCCGUUGGAACCAAACUUCUAGAUUAAUAGAAAGCUUGUUGGUCUUUUUAUGGUGGUUUGUUUGUAAAAUAACCAUAAGGAUUUCAUGAGUGAAGGAAAAGUUGAAGGUAUUUAUGAUAUCCCUAUUCCUCACACUUUGUUAACGACUAAGAGAAAUGAUUUAUAUAUCUUGUCCACUGUUGAUGUUAUUUAUUAUGUAUAAAUCGAAAAUGAUCUUUUUUUUUUGUCUAAAA